CGCAACCAUCAGCUAAGUUUUCAGUCUUCAAUGAAUAUAUUAAGUCUGAAAAGGAAUUUAAAAAACUUGAAAUAUUUUAGCAAAAACAUCGGUAAUUUUAACUCUAAACGCCGAGUAUAAAGUGUCAAAUUUGGGCCAAAUUUUCUUCUACUACCGAAGCUCGAAAAAAUAUGUCGCCUUUAUUACAAUUGAUUCUUGUCUGUCUUUGGAGUUGUUUACUUUCGACCGCCAACGGGUUUAGUUACAUGUACUUUCAAACCAAUAUUUGUUCUGGAACCGCUGUGGAUGGAUAUCAGUGCAAAGUCGAAGAAUGUCCGUUACCAAAUUUCCUAUAUGGUGGUGUCGCAACUGACGUCAUAUCCCAUACACCUAAAGUGACGCAACCAGCAAAACUAAAUGACGUCAUCGUGACGUGGUUCCUGAAUAGUGAUGGGAAUCCCGGUCUUAACAUCACAGUUAAAGCAACGUCACCAGAUUCUCCUCAGCAAUACGAAGUGAACGUUAUGGCAGACAGCUACCCGACUCCUAUCUACUGCGGAAAGAUACAAACACCGGAACCAGCUAUAGGAUUUACACCGGAAAAACAAGAACUUGGUUUAGAGAUGCGAUGCGAUGGCGAGAGAUUGAAAGCAAACAUGGGAAUUCAGCUCGCCGUCCAGGUGCAAGGGGAUCCAGUGAUGAAAGAAACUCCAUAUUCGAUAUCUUUCCGAAUUCCAAGCUGUGACGAUAAAAUAAUGCACGACUCGAAUGAAUGCAUAGCUGAACGAAAGAAAAAAAUUCAAUUUAAUAUCAAACAGAAGCGAAAUUCUACGGUCGUGAUACUGGCUAUUAAAACUGCGUAUCUGAAACAAGACUCAAGUUCAAAUGUCUACGUGACGAUUAGAGAGCAAGACGAUAACAUAGUUGAUGGAUGGAAGACACUGGGUGCUCCGACCAUGCUAACUUGGCCACAACGGAUAACCGUAUUCAACAACCUAGCGAUGGGGAAAACCUACCAGAUAGUCGUCUGGAGGUCAGGAGAAUUCAACCGUUUCGCCAAAGUUAUAACAAUGAAGAUCGACCAAAAAAACCCGAGAUUCGACGAUUAUAAGAAUGUACAAAGACUGCAAAAGAGACGAGCCAGACUCGCUAGAAGGAUAAGUCAAUAUGAGGGUGUAAACUAAUAUGAAAAACUGUUAUUAGGGAUGUCAUAUAUUCGAAUAGUUCGGAUUUCUAAAAAUAUUUUUAUGCAAUUUAUAUUCGUUUUAUCGUUCGAAUUCUGAAAGAAAAUCUAAAAAAAACUAUUAAUACCGAAAUUUAUAUAACUGACAAGACAGAAUAGUUUGAAUAAUUUGGAAUUCUAAUAUUUCUAUGUAAUUUAUAUUCGUUUAAAUGCCCGAAUUUUUAUUUCGAAUCUUAUAGAGCCGUUUCGAACCGAAUUUCAUAGAACCAAUUGCGACCGAAUUUCAUACGAUUGCUUUGACUCGUACUUUAUGGAACCAAGUUUUAAAGAGCUGUUUCGAAUCAAAUUGUAUAGAAUUUUUAAGAACUAAAUGCUCUCUAACUCGAAUAGACAUCCCUGACCACAACUUUGAGAAUUCUAUAACACAGAGGCUGACAUUAGGCCUCUUUACCAGACCUACCUUGCAUUGUCGAUCGAUAUCAAACUGAACACUAGAGACGUAGCAAUGAGGCUUAUUUGAAAUGUAAAUAAAAUCACUUUUCUGUAUCAAGCAUAACAAUUUUUUUGCUGUUACGAUUUAUUUUGGCAAUUAGAGUUUCCAGAUUCCCCCUCCUUCGAAAAUUUCUGGCUACAUCAUGUUUUAUCAUAAAUAUAUCUCUCUAUAUACAGAAUCUUGUACAACCCCAAAGUUUCGAUAACAAUCGGCAUUGCAAGUUAGGCCUAAUGUAUUGAAUAUUUAAAUAUUAUGAUUACAAAAGCAAUGGCUGCCAUGACCGAGUGUAAAUCGAAUCAUCAUUGUUUUUAUAUCGCUGGGCGAUAUUUUUUCAUUUUAUUCCCAAUACUAUUUUUUAAUGAAAUUUUAAUUUUUUGUGCAUCUGUUAUUGUACCUUUAUUAUCAUGCCCGAUCACCGGCCUUCAAGUGUCAACAACGUCGCGUUGUACGAAUGAUUACGUCACUUUCAGUGUUCCUUAUCCAAUAGUUAUUCCUGGCUCAUUUAUAUCUAACAUACGUUGCAAUCAUGACGUCGGUUUUUGUAUUAUGAUGACACAAUUUUUAAUAUUUUUUCUAGUGCAAUUCCCCUUCAUAUUAUAAUCCUGUAUCCGUAGAUCUACGUGUUUUGCAAUAUAUUCUUUUGACGAAGCAUGAGUUCACAUGCAGUGUGACCCGAGAAAAUAACGGAAAAAUUUACAUAACCCACGUUUUUGGGAACAUAUUCUAGACCUGGCAUGGGCAAACCACGGCCUGCGGACCAAAUCCGGCCCGCUGGGUAAUCCAAUUUGGCCCGGCUGAUGCUGCUACAACCAAACUAAAACCAAAUUUUGAUAUUUAAGCUGAAAAAUAGCUCAAGAAAUUUGUUGAGAUUAUAAUUAAAUUAAGUUUUGACACGAGGCUUAUUGUUUUCACCUUUGCAUUUGUAACACUGUAAAUACUGUCCUUAAAAUAGAACUUUAGACGUCACACUUACAUCGCCCGACAGUCUAGGUGUGCAAAAUUUUAACCUCUGGUCCUAAAUCUUUGCCGACCCCUGUCUAGCCAAUUUUUUUUUAGGACGACCCCAAAGACAACUGUCAAGUGUCCGGUGCGACCCCAGGUCAAUAUAUAUUAUGGAACUUUAGACCUUCUUUCACUAGACUUUCAAGUUAGUCAUGUGGUGGUAUUAAGUAAAAUAAGCUGAAACCCAACCCAAUAAGCACUUACAUUUUCUGUAGCAUAAAAAUGACCUGUUCGCGACCCUACCCACUCAUCACUCCGACCCAAUUUGGGGUCGCGACUACUAAUUUGGGGACCCCUGGUCUGGACAGUACAUAACUUUUAUGAAACUUCUGGGUACAAUAAUAUACAAAUAGAAGUUCAAGUGUUACAUAAAUUUUCCACAUUUUCAAAGAAGUAAUUAUGGAAAUUGUGGGUUCUGUUUUUGGGGUCACACUUUAUCUCCAAUCUAAGAUAUCUGGCCCAGCCGACUACUCUGUAAUAUAUUAUAUUGCACAGCCUAUACAAACAGUUUCGUUUUUUUGUCCCGAUACUCAAUUUAGUCUAGGGUGGCCCGAGGCUGUCCGCAUCUGGGCCCCCAGAAUUAUUUCUGUAUUGUUCGCUGACCAUACUGAUAUUUUUUAGCGUGUUCCGUAAAACCGUGUUAUAUUCUUAUGACGCAGGCAGAAAUAGCAGUCAGUCUUUGUGCCUAACUCGAUUAAAUAUCUUCCAAAUAUUCGGGAUUCUAUUCGAAAAAAUAUUCGAUUCUGAAAUGAUCAAGUAUUCGAAAAUGCCCUGUGGCCAUGCCCCCAUCAUCGUUUCGCCCUAAAGAUACUGAAUGACACUGCAUAGAACUUUUUCACGUGCACCAUAGUGUUUUAUCAUUAAUUACGCAGAGAUAUAUUAUAUUUUACUAUUACAGUAUUAAUUAAUAAACUUCAUCUUAUCGUGCAGAAUUCCUUGUUAUUGAAAAUUUUUUUACAUGUUCAGUUUAAGUAUUUUUGGAGAAGAGACUAACAAGGUUACGACUUACAUAUUUAUCUCGGAGAGGGAAGGCAAUAAGAGGGCUCACCAUAUAACGAACCACGGCACCUCGUCCGCUUAUCAGUCCAUGUCGGGUAUGGGAUUAGUUAGGCAUUUGCUUUUUCGGAAGCAUGGACUUGACGGUGGAGGAAGUCGUACCGACCAGCGGUUACGUGGACCAAACUACGGCGGCGAAGAGUUCAACAGUCUUUUCGCACAUAAUUAUUUCCCCUGUGAUUCGGGAACCCCCGUAGGGUAGUCAGAGGUGCGGUGGCGAGCGUAUUCCCAACGCUUAACACGAUGUGCCGUAUCGUCGAGCAGAGGUUCUCAUAUCAAUCGCGAUUGUAAGGUUGCGAAUAUGACGUUUGUAGUGAAAUCGAAUUUUGCCCGGGGUUAGUGAUAAGGCCUUCC